GACCUUCUAUUCCCCCUAUACGGACUUCGUCAUCCAUUCGAUAGUCCGCUCAAAAAAUUGGAGCAGGGGGUCUAAAGAGACAUGGGAAAGAAGCGAAAGCAGGUGGAUGCCACCGUCGCCGCCGAUAUUGAGCCGGUGACUGAGAAAAGACCUAAAAGAACUCUUUUGGGAUGGAAAGAGGGAGGUGUACAGAAGAAAGAAAGCAAUUCUGUAGGUGUUUUCAGAAAUAAAGAGAAGGUUUUGGUCACCUCUUCUCGACGUAUCAGCUACAGGUAUCGGCAUCUGAUGUUGAAUUUGGUGUCACUCUUGCCUCAUUGUAAGAAAGACAAUAAAGUGGAGUCAAAGAACAGUAAAGGUGCGACCUUGAACGAGCUGGUUGAGCUAAAGAACUGUUCAUCUUGUUUGUUUUUUGAGUGUCGGAAAGGAAAAGACCUUUAUUUGUGGAUGUCCAAGUGCCCUAACGGCCCGUCCGUGAAGUUUCUAGUAAAUGCAGUGCACACGAUGGAAGAGUUGAAGCUUACUGGUAAUCAUUUGAAAGCCUCACGGCCUAUCCUAACAUUCUCAAGCAAUUUCGAUAAGCAUCCACAUUGGGUGCUUUUGAAAGAAAUGCUAACCCAGAUUUUUGGAACACCCAAGGAUCACAGGAAAUCUAAGCCCUAUCAUGAUCACAUAUUUGUUUUCUCUAUUGUUGAUGACCACAUUUGGUUCCGAAAUUACCAGAUAUCUUGUCCCCAUAAUGGUGCAGCACAGAAAUUAGACCGUGGAGACCUAGAGAAAAUGACCCUUGUUGAGGUUGGUCCAAGGUUCUGCUUGAAUCCAAUAAAAAUAUUUGGUGGAAGUUUUGGCGGCCCGGCUUUAUAUGAGAAUCCAUUUUAUGUUUCUCCAAAUCAAAUACGAUCAUUAGAGAAAAAACAGAAGGCCGGGAAGUACGCGAAGAAGGUGAAAGCAAAGACUAAGAGAAAGAUGCAUCAGCAGUCAAAUCCAAUGGAGGUUGAUGAAUUUGCGGACAUGUGGAAGGAGUGAUCUUUUGCUUUGGCAGCUACCACUGGCCAGCCACCUCUACCAAGAAUUAUGUCAUUUUUGGGAGUCCUCCAGCCCCUUAAACACCCUUUCUCUCCUUGCUAGUGAUUUUGCUCUACCAUCUUGAUAUAUUGGUGUCAGUCUUUAUGUAAUUCUUUCUUCUUUUGACAUCAUAUCACACAUAUAAUGUGUUUUGAACUGAACUCUUGCGGGAUUUGUAUCAUACUAUCAUGUAGUUGAGAACUUUAUCAUCUUGGCCAAAGCCACUUUUUGGAAAUUG